AUGCCUAUUUAUAUUUCCUUUUUCCCAGUCUCUUUUCUAAUUCAAAGGUGUCCUAGCAAUAUAGAAGCACAAAAUUCAACACAAAUCUCAGAAUUCCAACUCAUGGGCUUCUCAGAGGAUCCAGACCUGCAACCCAUCCUCUUUGGACUGUUCCUGACCAUGUACCUGGUCACAUUGCUGGGGAACCUGCUCAUCAUCCUGGCCGUCAGCUCUGACACUCACCUGCACACCCCCAUGUACUUCUUCCUCUCCAACCUGUCCUUGGCUGACAUUGGUUUCACCUCCACUACGGUUCCAAAGAUGAUUGUGAACAUCCUAACUCAAAACAGAGUCAUCUCCUAUGAGGGCUGCCUCACACAGAUGUCUUUUUUUCUCAUUUUUGGACGCAUGGAUGACAUGUUGCUAACUGUAAUGGCCUAUGACCGAUUUGUAGCAAUCUGCCAUCCCCUGAGAUACCAAGUCAUUAUGAACCUUCACAUCUGCAUCUUCUUAGUUUUGGUGUCUCUUUUGAUUAGCCUUUUGGAAUCCCAGCUACACAAUUUGGUUGUCUUACAGUUUAUUGACUUCAAGGAUGUAGAAAUUUCUAAUUUCUUCUGUGAUCCUUCUCAAAUCCUUAGUCUUUCCUGUUCUGAUGCCUUUACCAGCAACAUUAUCAUAUAUUGUGUUGGUGCCAUAUUCGGCUUUUUUCCCAUCUCAGGGAUCCUUUUCUCUUACUAUAAAAUUGUUUCCUCUAUUCUGAAAAUCCCGUCAUCAGGUGGGAAGUAUAAAGCUUUCUCUACGUGUGUGUCCCACUUGUCAGUUGUCUGCUUAUUUUACGGAACAGGCUUUGGAGUGUACCUUGGGUCAGCUGUGUUGCAUUCUUCAAGAAAUAGUACAGUGGCCUCAGUGAUGUACACAGUUGUAGCCCCUAUGCUGAACCCUUUCAUCUAUAGCCUGAGAAACAGAGAUAUUAAAAACACCCUGAAGACACUGUACAGUAAAAUUUUCUAG